AUGACAAGUCGAGAUGUUACUGAACCUUCGCUAAACUUUCAAAAGGUGAACAAGACUAGUUCACCUGUCGAAGAAUAAAUUAGAAUACCUACGUCAGCUGAUAUCAUAUUAGCAAUUAUCGUUCCAAUGUAAUUGAUCGUAUAAUUUGAGUUGCAUGUCCAACAAAGUAGUAAAGUAGCAUUUAUUAAUAGCUUUCCGAUCACGUGCACGAUUACAAGUUCGCAACAAGUUUAAAUUGACAAAUAAAAUGCCGAAACUUAUUACGACGACAAAGCCGUAAUUAACCGUGAGUUUGUAUGUAACAGGUGAUUGCCACAUCUUUGUUGCAAUGCGCACAGCAGCAAGAAAGCAGGCAGAGUAGAGAAGUGAUACUGAACAUCAGUGACGAUCAGAAAACUCAAUAUCUAAAUCAAGACUUCUAUUCCAAUGCGUAUAAUUAUGGAUACGAAAUAAGCCCCAACGGACAAUUUCAUCACGAAGUACGAGGACCCGAUGAUAUUACUUACGGAUGUUACGGAUACAUCGAUCCAUUUGGAAAAUUGAAAACAACGUUCUAUAUCAGUGAUGGUUGGGGAUAUCGGGUCGUUCAACCAGGGAACUCGGUUGAAUUGUUCUUACAUGAACACGAGCAUCACCACGAAGAUGACUCGGAACGACAUCAGCACGAUGAUCAUCAUGAUCAUCACGGUGUGAUCACGGAAUGGGCGAAUUUAUACUUUCCAGAGAUAUGUAGGCAAUUCGAUGGAACGGGUUCCGGGUCAACCGUGAUACCAGCACCAGGGUAUCCUGGACAACAAGGUACACCUGGAACACCACCGCAAUCUGGCUAUCCUGGAAUACCAUCGCAACCAGGAUAUCCUGGAACACCAGGGCAUCCUGGAUAUCCUGGGAAACCGGGAACACCAUCACAGCCAGGAUAUCCAGGCACAUCUGGAAUACCAGGACAACCUGGAUAUCCUGGUACACCUGGAAAACCUGGAACACCUGGACAACCUGGAUAUCCUGGAAUACCUGGAGCACCUGGAAAACCAGGACAGCCUGGAUAUCCUGGGAAACCUGGAACACCUGGAACGCCUGGAACACCAUCACAACCAGGGUAUCCUGGCACACCUGGAAUACCAUCGCAACCAGGAUAUCCUGGAUAUCCUGGCACACCUGGAACACCUGGAAUACCUGGAACACCUGGAAAGCCAGGACAGCCUGGGCAUCCUGGAUAUCCUGGCAAACCUGAGACACCUGGAACGCCUGGAAUACCAUCGCAACCUGGUACACCUGGAACACCUGGAAAACCAGGACAGCCUGGACAUCCUGGAUACCCUGGGACACCGGGAACGCCUGGCACACCUGGAACACCUGGGAAGCCAGGACAGCCUGGGCAUCCUGGAUACCCUGGGAAACCUGAGAUACCUGGAACGCCUGGAACACCAUCACAACCAGGAUAUCCUGGCACACCUGGAAUACCAUCGCAGCCAGGGUAUCCUGGUACACCUGGAACACCUGGAAAACCAGGGCAUCCUGGAUAUCCUGGGACACCUGGAACACCUGGAACACCAUCACAACCAGGGUAUCCUGGUAUACCCGGAAUUCCAGGCAAGCCUGGGCAUCCUGGAUAUCCUGGCACACCUGGAACACCUGGAACUCCACCACAACCUGGCUAUCCUGGUGCACCUGGAAUACCAGGGCAGCCUGGACAGCCUGAGAAACCUGGAAUACCUGCAACACCAUCACAACCAGGCUAUCCUGGGACACCUGAAACACCUGGAACACCAUCGCAACCAGGAUAUCCUGGUACACCCGGAAUUCCAGGAAAACCUGGAUAUCCUGAGAAACCUGGAAUACCAGGACAACCUGGCCAUCCUGGAUAUCCUGGCACACCGGGAACACCACCGCAACCUGGAUACCCUGGUACACCUGGAAUACCAGGACAGCCUGGACAGCCUGGGGAACCUGGAAUACCUGCAACACCAUCACAACCAGCCUAUCCUGGCACACCUGGAACACCAUCGAAACCAGAGUAUCCUGAUACACCCGGAAUUCCAGGCAAGCCUGGACAUCCUGGUUAUCCUGGGGAACAUGGAACCCCACCACAACCUGCCUAUCCUGGUACACCUGGAAUACCAGGACAACCUGGCCACCCUGGAUAUCCUGGCACACCUGGAACGCCACCGCAACCUGGCUACCCUGGUACACCUGGAAUACCAGGGCAGCCUGGGAAACCUGGAAUACCUGCAACACCAUCACAACCAGGCUAUCCUGGUACACCUGGAACACCAUCGCAACCAGGAUAUCCUGGUACCCCCGGAAUUCCAGGACAACCUGGGAAACCUGGUACACCUGGUACAUCCCAACCAGGAUAUCCUGGUACAUCUGGAAUACCAGGGCUACCUGCACAUCCUGGAACAUCUGUAACUCCAACUCAUCCCGGAUAUCCUGGGAAACCGUCCCAACCAGGCUACCCUGGUACACCCGGAAUACCUCAAAUACCAUCACAACCAGGUCAUCCUGGUACACCUGGGUUACCAGGACAACCUGGGCAUCCUGGGAUACCUGGAACGCCACCACAACCUGGCUAUCCCGGUACACCUGGAAUACCGGGAAAACCUGGACAUCCAGGAACUCCAGGAACACCAGGGAAACCGAGCAUACCUGGAACAUCACCGCAACCUCCAUAUCCAGGACAACCAGAAUAUCCAGGACAUCCUGGACAACCUGGGCAUCCUGAACAUCCUGCAAAACCACCAGAAACUGGAUCAUCGGUAACACCCGGAACACCAACAAAACCACAAUAUCCUGGAUACCCUGGGAAACCACCCCCAGGAGGAUACCCUGGUUAUCCUGGGACACCUGGGACACCUGGUACUUCUGGAACUCCAUCGCAACCUGAAUAUCCUGGACAUCCUGGAACACCUCCACAACCAGGAUAUCCCGGAACACCAAACACACCCGGUUAUCCGGGAACACCUGGAAUUUCACCACAGCCCGGAUACCCUGGACAACCGGGAUAUCCUGGAUAUCCCGGAUACCCAGGAACACCAUCACAACCAGGAUAUCCUGGAACACCACCGAUACCAGGACAUCCUGGCGCUCCAGGACAACCAGGACACCCAAGCAUCCCUGGAAUAUCCGGUAUACCAGGAAAACCUGGAAAACCAGGUAGACCUGGAAAACCUGGCCAUCCAUCAUUUCCAUCGCAACCUUCACAUCCUGAGGCACCUGGAACCCCCGGAACUCCUGGUACACCAGGAAUUCCGCCAUACCCGCCACCCCCUGAACAUCCUGGUAGUCCAGGAACACCUAGUAUACCGGGGUCUCCUGGUAUACCAGGUAAACCAGGUAGGCCUGGCAAACCUGGUAAGCCUGGUAAACCAGGCAAGCCCGGACAUCCAUCACAUCCUGGUUACCCUCAAACACCGAAUCUGCCUGGUAUUCAAACGCCAGUGCCACCUGGAUAUCCCGGUCAUCCUGCUAUUCCGGGGACACCAGUCUCGCCUGAAUACCCUGCAACUCAAAUACCAUCACAACCAGGAUAUCCUGGUACUUCAGAAACUCCCGGAACCCUGCCAACUCCACCACUCCCGGGGUAUCCUGACACUCCUGGUACACCAGGAACUCCUGGGACUCCUGGAACACCCGGCAUUCCACCAAUUCUACCGCAUCCUGGAUAUCCUGGCAGUCCAGGCACCCCAGGAAUUCCCGGGACUCCUGCAAUUCCACCAAUCCCACCACAAGCAGGACAUCCUGGUAUACCAGGCAUACCCGGCAAACCUGGUAAACCUGGAAGACCACCUGCCCCAUCUUAUCCUGGAUAUCCUAGCAUACCAGGUGUACCAGGCACUCCUGGUACACCAGGAACACCUGAAAUACCUGGAACCCCACCAAUUCCACCGCACCCGGGAUAUCCUGGUAGUCCAGGUACCCCAGGAACUCCUGGAAUUCCUGGAACUCCACCAAUUCCACCUCAACCAGGAUAUCCUGGCACUCCAGGUAUACCAGGAACUCCUGGCACUCCUGGAACCCCACCAAUCCCGCCACAGCCAGGACAUCCUGGCACUCCAGGUAUACCAGGAACUCCUGGCACUCCAGGUGUACCAGGAACUCCUGGAACUCCCGGAACUCCGGCAAUCCUACCUCAACCAGGACAUCCCGGAAUACCCGGCAAACCUGGUAGACCUGGAAAACCUGGUAUCCCUGGUACACCACCUGUCCCGUCUUAUCCUGGAUACCCUGGCACACCUGGCACACCAGAAACACCUGGAAUACCUGGGACUCCGGCAAUCCCACCUCAACCAGGAUAUCCUGGCACGCCAGGUACUCCCGGAAUACCUGGUAUACCCGGAACGCCGCCAACACCACCACAACCAGGACAUCCUGGAACACCACUCUAUCCAGGAACUCCUGGUAAACCUGAACAUCCCCAGACGUCAAAACCAGGUCAACCCCCGUAUCCACCAUAUCCGGGAUAUCCUCCUGCACCUGAAGGCCCAAUUGGCGGUGUAGGUCCGGAUGGUCCUCAAGGUCCAGGCGGUCCUGACGGUCCCGUCGGCGGUGUCGGAGGAGUAGGAGGAAUAGGUGGCGAUGGGCCUCCCGGUCCAGAUGGUCCAUGGCCGACAGGUUCACCCGGUCCAGACGGUCCAUGGCCUGGAGAUCCGGAUUACGUGCCUGGUGUUCGACCAACAUCGCGACCUCGACACGAACGGCCGAUUAAAAUUCAAUAUCCCAUAAAGUAUUACGAACCUACAACGCCAACCUACGAUCUGUCUUACGGACAGAAGCAAGUAGAACGACUAACCUCCAGCUCGAACUUCAGAUCGGAUUACUUAAAGAACGACACCUCGGAUGAAAAUUACGAAAAGAGCGUCGAAUCGACAGCGUUUACGUAUCCAACGAAAAUAAGCAGUCCCUUAGGAGCAAAGGAUACGUACAAGAUCAGAGGCCAAUUCAGGAGACCUGGCUACCAGCCGAGUCAAGUGAACCAACACGCGGACGAAAUUAAUUCCUUGUUGCAAACGCAGCAAAAGGAAUCGCGCGAAUACAGCGAGAUACAAGAAGGGCGGAAUAACUACGAAGGCGUUAAAAAAAUCGUGCCACAAAUUUCGCAGGCUGCCGAAUAUUCCGGCCAAGGUAGAUUAAUGCAACAGGGCUUCCGCGAGAAUCGUAAAUAUCCGUACCAGCAAGUGAACGCGCGAGUGAACGAGCCGGUGGUUGAGGUAGAGACGAGUUACGAAAAGGACAACGCCGCGCUUGUCAAACAGGUAAACCAACUAUCCGAGAAAUCCAACCGACCGACCUCGGACUUCACCGCGAUCGGUGUUCAACCACCGAGCCCGAUCCACGUCAAACCCUACGAGCAAUCCAUAAGGCCAGACCCUCGAACCUGUCCCUGUUACCUUGUCGAGCCUGGCAACGAUACAAUUACCACCACGAGCACGACAUCCGUUCCCCUGGUCGGUCAGCUUGGCUUCAUCCCGGUGGUAUUCGUACCGUACUGUCCCGGCGAGGAUCGAACGGACGAUCAAAGCAUGAAGGACAUGUUCCCAUCGGCGAUGCCUGUCCCGUAUGCAUGCGACGCGUGCGGCUUCCAAACUGGCGAAGUCGAGACGAGGCUUCUCAACGCGAAUCAGCUUGGCAAUAUAGAGAAUCUACGCGAGGCGUUGCGGCAGGCGAAACUUGGCUUUCUCAAUGUUUCAGCACGCGACCGGAAGUCAAGGAGCAGGGCGAAGAGUCGGAACGUCAAGUGACGAGUGCGACUGCAGCGCACGGAUUUCAGUUCGCCACUCGGCCGCGGUUACAGCUCGAGGGAACCGCUCGUAAAACGAAAAAGCACCGUCUGUCUGUCUGUCUGUCUGU